CUGGUGGAGAUCGACUCUAAGAACCACAUAUACAUCCUCAUCAACAAACUGGAGCAGCUGGAGGGAGAACCUCUCAACAUGUAGGUCACUGAACCCCUCAACAUGUAGGUCACUGACCCCCUCAACAUGUAGGUCACUGACCCCCUCAACAUGUAGGUCACUGACCCCCUCAACAUGUAGGUCACUGACCCCCUCAACAUGCAGGUCACUGACCCCCUCAACAUGCAGGUCACUGAACCUCUCAACAUGUAGGUCACUGACCCCCUCAACAUGCAGGUCACUGACCCCCUCAACAUGUAGGUCACUGAACCUCUCAACAUGUAGGUCACUGACCCCCUCAACAUGUAGGUCACUGAACCUCUCAACAUGUAGGUCACUGAACCUCUCAACAUGUAGGUCACUGACCCCCUCAACAUGUAGGUCACUGAACCUCUCAACAUGCAGGUCACUGACCCCCUCAACAUGUAGGUCACUGACCCCCUCAACAUGUAGGUCACUGAACCCCUCAACAUGUAGGUCACUGACCCCUCACAUGUAGUCACUGACCCCUCAACAUGUAGGUCAUGACCCUCACAUGUAGGUCACUGACCCCCUCAACAUGCAGGUCCUGACCCCCUCAACAUGUAGGUCACUGAACUCUCAACAUGUAGGUCACUGAACCUCACAUGAGGUCACUGACCCUCAACAUGGUGGGUCACUGACCCCCUCAACAUGUAGGUCACUGACCCUCAAACAUGUAGUCAUGGACCCUCAACAUGUAGGUCACUGACCCUCAACAUGUAGGUCACUGACCCUCAACAUGUAGGUCACUGACCCCUCAACAUGUAGGUCACUGACCCCUCAACAUGCAGGUCACUGACCCCUCAACAUGCAGGUCACUGAACCUCUCAACAUGUAGGUCACUGACCCUCACAGCAGGUCACUGACCCCUCACAUGAGGUCACUGAACCUCUCAACAUGUAGGUCACUGAACCUCUCAACAUGUAGGUCACUGUGUGGAGCAGCUAGUGGGAGAACCUCCUCCCCCAUCCAGGGGGUGUACUGUACAUCAAGCUGUCUCCCUACAGAAACAGGAGAUGGACUAGUGUCCUGUCCAGGGGGUGUACUGUACAUCAAGCCGUCUCCCUACAGAAACAGGAGAUGGACUAGUGUCCUGUCCAGGGGGUGUACUGUACAUCAAGCCGUCUCCCUACAGAAACAGGAGAUGGACUAGUGUCCUGUCCAGGGGGUGUACUGUACAUCAAGCCGUCUCCCUACAGAAACAGGAGAUGGACUAGUGUCCUGUCCAGGGGGUGUACUGUACAUCAAGCUGUCUCACUACAGAAACAGGAGAUAGACUAGUGUCCUGUCCAGGGGGUGUACUGGUACAUCAAGCUGCCUCACCUUACAGAAACAGGAGAUAGACUAGUGUCCUGUCCAGGGGGUGUACUGUACAUCAAGCUGUCUCACUACAGAAACAGGAGAUAGACUAGUGUCCUGUCCAGGGGGUGUACUGGUACAUCAAGCCGUCUCCCUACAGAAACAGGAGAUGGACUAGUGUCCUGUCCAGGGGGUGUACUGUACAUCAAGCUGUCUCCCUACAGAAACAGGAGAUGGACUAGUGUCCUGUCCAGGGGGUGUACUGGUACAUCAAGCUGUCUCCCUACAGAAACAGGAGAUGGACUAGUGUCCUGUCCAGGGGGUGUACUGUACAUCAAGCUGUCUCCCUACAGAAACAGGAGAUGGACUAGUGUCCUGUCCAGGGGGUGUACUGUACAUCAAGCUGUCUCCCUACAGAAACACUACUAUUUCUUGUACAAGGCUACAUAUAUGGAUGUUUACCUGUGUGUGUGUGUAUGUGUGUAUAUACAGGAGUCCCAGUAAUCCAAAGACCGGUCUACUCUUCGUAAUCCUCAGCAUCGUCUUCAUGAAGGGGGGUGUGGUCAAGGAGAGUGAGUGUUCCGUUGGCCCUAUCCCACUUCUGACACCAGUGUAGCCAAUUUGGGGCAAAAUAGGGGGCCACAACUGUAUUUUUGUAAAAAAUAAAUAUUUUCCAAUUCCUGUCUGUCCACCCCACUUAUUGAUGUCCCCCCCUCACUGAGAUGUCCCAUCAUGCUUUGUGUUUGUAGGUAUGGUGUGGAACACACUGAAGAAGCUGAGAGUUGAUCCAGGGUAAGUGUGUGUAGCUUAGCAGUAUAGCUUCCUUCACCGUCCCGUCACUGGGUUCCAUCCUCUGCUUCUUCCUUCACCGUCCCGGCCCGUCACUGGGUUCCAUCCUCUGCUUCUUCCUUCACCGUCCCGGCCCGUCACUGGGUUCCAUCCUCUGCUUCUUCCUUCACCGUCCCGUCACUGGGUUCCAUCCUCUGCUUCUUCCUUCACCGUCCCGUCACUGGGUUCCAUCCUCUGCUUCUUCCUUCACCGUCCCGGCCCGUCACUGGGUUCCAUCCUCUGCUUCUUCCUUCACCGUCCCGGCCCGUCACUGGGUUCCAUCCUCUGCUUCUUCCUUCACCGUCCCGGCCCGUCACUGGGUUUCAUCCUCUGCUUCUUCCUUCACCGUCCCGUCACUGGGUUCCAUCCUCUGCUUCUUCCUUCACCGUCCCGGCCCGUCACUGGGUUCCAUCCUCUGCUUCUUCCUUCACCGUCCCGUCACUGGGUUCCAUCCUCUGCUUCUUCCUUCACCGUCCCGUCACUGGGUUCCAUCCUCUGCUUCUUCCUUCACCGUCCCGGCCCGUCACUGGGUUCCAUCCUCUGCUUCUUCCUUCACCGUCCCGGCCCGUCACUGGGUUCCAUCCUCUGCUUCUUCCUUCACCGUCCCGUCACUGGGUUCCAUCCUCUGCUUCUUCCUUCACCGUCCCGGCCCGUCACUGGGUUCCAUCCUCUGCUUCUUCCUUCACCGUCCCGGCCCGUCACUGGGUUCCAUCCUCUGCUUCUUCCUUCACCGUCCCGGCCCGUCACUGGGUUCCAUCCUCUGCUUCUUCCUUCACCGUCCCGGCCCGUCACUGGGUUCCAUCCUCUGCUUCUUCCUUCACCGUCCCCGUCACUGGGUUCCAUCCUCUGCUUCUUCCUUCACCGUCCCGGCCCGUCACUGGGUUCCAUCCUCUGCUUCUUCCUUCACCGUCCCGGCCCGUCACUGGGUUCCAUCCUCUGCUUCUUCCUUCACCGUCCCGGCCCGUCACUGGGUUCCAUCCUCUGCUUCUCAAACACACGUACUUAUGUCCAGUUGCGCCACAGAAAGACAUUCAAGCUGUGGAGUGAGGUUAAAGGUUAAAGGAUGAUCUGUGUGUUAACUGUUGUGAUUUCCCCCCCCCCCCCCCAGGGAGAGACACGAAAUCUUUGGAGACGUGAAGAAGGUCGUUACUGAUGAGUUUGUCCGUCAGAGGUGAGUCUCUCUCCACUCCAUGAUCAGUCUAUACUUUUAAUGGUAGGUUUAUUUGAACAGUGAGAGACAGAAUAACAACUAAAAAAUCCAGAAAAAUGCAUGUCAAAAAUGUUAUAAAUUGAUUUGCAUUUUAAUGAGGGAAAUAAGUAUUUGACCCCUCUGCAAAACAUGACUUAAUACUUGGUAGCAAAACCCUUGUUGGCAGGAGGGAUUUUGUCCCACUCCUCUUUGCAGAUCUUCUCGAAGUCAUUAAGGUUUCGAAGCUGACGUUUGGCAACUCGAACCUUCAGCUCCCUCCACAGAUAUUCUAUGGGAUUAAGGUCUGGAGACUGGCUAGGCCACUCCAGGACCUUAAUGUGCUUAUUCUUGAGCCACUCCUUUGUUGCCUUGGCCAUGUGUUUUGGGUCAUUGUCAUGCUGGAAUACCCAUCCACAACCCAUUUCCAAUGCCCUGGCUGAGGGAAGGAGGUUCUCACCCAUGAUUUGACGGUACAUGGCCCCGUCCAUCGUCCCUUUGAUGCGGUGAAGUUGUCCUGUCCCCUUAGCAGAAAAACACCCCCAAAGCAUAAUGUUUCCACCUCCAUGUUUGAUGGUGGGGAUGGUUUCUUGGGGUCAUAGGCAGCAUUCCUCCUCCUCCAAACAUGGCGAGUUGAGUUGAUGCCAAAGAGCUCGAUUUUGGUCUCAUCUGACCACAACACUUUUACCCAGUUCUCCUCUGAAUCAUUCAGAUGUUCAUUGGCAAACUUCAGACGGGCCUGUAUAUGUGCUUUCUUGAGCAGGGGGACCUUGUGGGCGCUGCAGGAUUUCAGUCCUUCACGGCGUAGUGUGUUACCAAUUGUUUUCUUGGUGACUAUGGUCCCAGCUGCCUUGAGAUCAUUGACAAGAUCCUCCCGUGUAGUUCUGGGCUGAUUCCUCACCGUUCUCAUGAUCAUUGCAACUCCACGAGGUGAGAUCUUGCAUGGAGCCCCAGGCCGAGGGAGAUUGACAGUUCUUUUGUGUUUCUUCCAUUUGCGAAUAAUCGGACCAUCGGUUGUCACCUUCUCACCAAGCUGCUUGGCGAUGGUCUUGUAGCCCAUUCCAUUCUUGUGUAGGUCUACAAUCUUGUCCCUGACAUCCUUGGAGAGCUCUUUGGUCUUGGCCAUGGUGGAGAGUUUGGAAUCUGAUUGAUUGAUUGCUUCUGUGGACAGGUGUCUUUUUAUACAGGUAACAAACUGAGAUUAGGAGCACUCCCUUUAAAAGUGUGCUCCUAAUCUCAGCUCGUUACCUGUAUAAAAGACACCUGGGAGCCAGAAAUCUUUCGGAUUGAGAAGGGGUCAUAUACUUAUUUCCCUAAUUGAAAUGCAAAUCAAUGUAUAACAUUUUUGACAUGCGUUUUUCUGGAUUUUGUUGUUGUUAUUCUGUCUCUCACUGUUCAAAUAAACCUACCAUUAAAAUGAUAGACUGAUCAUUUCUUUGUCAGUGGGCAAACGUACAAAAUCAGCAGGGGAUCGAAUACCUUUUUCCCUCCCUGUAUCUGUGUGUGAUAACCAGAGACUGACUGAGUAGUCGACUUUAUAAAAUGUGCUGAUCUAUUCUUGGACCUCUGGUAUUUCUCUAAAUACUUUUUACCCAUCAAUUGAUUCAACUACCCAUCAAUUGAUUCAACUACCCAUCAAAUGAUUCAACUACCCAUCAAAUGAUUCAACUACCCAUCAAAUGAUUCAACUACCCGUCAAAUGAUUCAACUACCCGUCAAAUGAUUCAACUCCCCGUCAAAUGAAUAGACUAAACUUGUGUGUAGGUAUCUGGAGUAUGUGCGAAUCCCACACACGGAGCCGUUGGAGUUUGAGUUCCGUUGGGGUCAGAGGGCGGACAUGGAGGUGUCAAAGGUCAAAGUACUGGAGUUCAUUGGACAGGUGAGACACUGCCGCCUCCUGUUUGACAUUAAUGAAUGUGUUCAAUAGGUUUCUCUGGUCUAUAGUAGUAAAUGCCAAAUUCUCUCUCUCUCUCUCUCUCUCUAUAUAUAUAUAUAUAUAUAUAUAUAUAUAUAUAUAUAUAAUAUAUUUAUUAUUAUUAUUAUUUUGGGGAGACCUAAAGGGGUCCUAAAAUUCCAACUCAAAUAGUCAAAUGAUCCAUAGUAUCUUAAAACAAUUCCAUAUGUCAGCUUAGCUUACAAAUUCUGCAUUUAUAUAAAAGUCAACAACAAACAGAUAAAACACAUUAUUUAGCUAUUAACAUUUAAUUUAAUUUAAUAUGCCAUUUAGCAGACGCUUUUAUCCAAAGCGACUUACAGUCAUGCAUGCAUACAUUUUUGUGUAUGGGUGGUCCCGGGGAUCGAACCCACUACCUUGGCGUUACAAGCGCCGUGCUCUACCAGCUGAGCUACAGAGGACCAGUGAUUUAUAGAUGACCUGGAGCCAGUGGGUUUGGCGACGAAUAUGUAGUGAGGGCCAGCCAACGAGAGCAUACAGGUCACAAUGGUGGGUAGUAUAUGGAAGCUUUGGUGACAAAACGGAUGGCACUGUGAUAGACUACAUCCAAUUUGCUGAGUAGAGUGUUGGAGGCUAUUUUGUAAAUGACAUCGCCGAAGUCAAGGAUCGAUAGGAUAGUCAGUUUUACGAGGGCAUGUUUGGCAGCAUGAGUGAAGGAGGCUUUGUUGCGAAAUAGGAAGCCGAUUCUAGAUCUAACUUUGGAUUGGAGAUUCUUUAUGUGAGUCUGGAAGGAGAGUUUACGGUCUAACCAGACACCUAGGUAUUUGUAGUUGUCCACAAAUUCAGACCCCUUGACUUUUUCCACAUUUUGUUACGUUACAGCCUUAUUCUAAAAUUGAUUAAAUUCAUUUUUUCCCUCAAUCUACAUACAGUACCCGAUAAUGACAAAGCGAAAACAGGUUUUUUGAAAUGUUAGCAAAUUUAUUAAAAAUGUAAAACUGAAAUAUUACAUUUACAUACGUAUUCAGACUCUUUGCUAUGAGACUCGAAAUUGAGCUCAGGUGCAUCCUGUUUCAAUUGGUCAUCCUUGAGAUAUUUCUACAACUUGAUUGGAGUCUACCUGUGGUAAAUUCAAUUGAUUGGACAUGAUUUGGAAAGGCACACACCUGUCUAUAUAAGGUCCCACAGUUGACAGUGCAUGUCAGAGCAAAAACCAAGUCAUGAGGUCGAAGGAAUUGUCCGUAGAGCUCUGAGACAGGAUUGUGUCGAGGCACAGAUCUGGGGAAGGGUACCAAAACAUUUCUGCUGCAUUGAAGGUCGCCAAGAACACAGUGGCCUCCAUCAUUCUUAAAUGGAAGACGUUUGGAACCACCAAGACUCUUUCUAGAGCUGGCCGCCCGGCCAAACUGAGCAAUUGGGGGAGAAGGGCCUUGGUCAGGGAGGUGACCAAGAACCCGAUGGUCACUCUGACAGAGCUCCUCUGUGGAGAUGGGAGAACCUUCCAGAAGGACAACCAUCUCUGCAGCACUCCACCAAUCAGGCCUUUAUGGUAGAGUGACCAGACGGAAGCCACUCCUCAGUAAAAGGCACAUGACAGCCCGCUUGGAGUUUGCCAAAAGGCACCUAAAGGACUCUCAGACCAUGAGAAACAAGAUUCUCUGGUCUGAUGAAACCAAGAUUGAACUCUUUGGCCUGAAUGCUAAGCGUCACGUCUGGAGGAAACCUGGCACCAUCCCUACGGUGAAGCAUGGUGGUGGCAGCAUCAUGCUGUGGGGAUGUUUUUCAGAGGCAGACUGGGAAGAUAGUCAGGAUCAAGGGAAAGAUGAACAGAGCAAAGUACAGAGUACUGAGUAAAAGGUCUGAAUACUUAUGUAAAUGUGAUAUUUCAGUUUAUUUUAAAUACAUUUGAUAACAUUUCUAAAAACCUGUUUAUGCUUUGUAAUAAUGGGGUAUGGUGUGUAGAUUUGAUGGGAAAAAACAAUUGAAUCCAUUUUAAAAUAAGGCUGUAACAUAACAAAAUGUGGAAAAAGUCAAGGGGUCUAUAUACCUUCCGAAUGCACUGUAUAAUUGUAUAUGUGGGGUACAGGGAUGGGGUAGUUAUUCAAAAAUCAUGUUAGCCACUAUUAUUGAACACGGAAUGAGUCCGUGCAACUUAUUAUGCUCUUUGCUAAGCACAUUUUUACUCCUAAACGUAUUUAGGCUUAAUAUAACAAAGUGGUUGAAUACUUAUUGACUCAAGACAUUUCAGUUUUUAAUUUUAAUAAAUGUCUACAAAUAAAAUUCCACUGUCAUUAUGGGGUAUUGUGUGUAGAUCAGUGACACAAUCUCAAUUUAAUCUAUUUUAAAUUCAGGCUGAAACACAACAACAUGUGGAAAAAGCGGUGUGAACACUUUCUGUAGGCGCCGUUUCUCUUCAUUGAGCAGAGCGGCCCAACUGGGAACCGUUGCUAUGGAAACUCCCUCCGAGCCGCCAUGAGCAGGCAGAACGAGCUGCCUGUGGCAGGGAGCGAUCGGGUGACAGACAGACAGACAGGAGCAGCUAAUGGAUUUACUAACGGAGGAAGUUAUUUCUGGUUUCAGCAGGACCUUGCCUUAAAUUUGGCAGAAGCAAUUGGGCCAGGGUAGGGUAGGGCCUGAACGUCGAGGGCAUGGGUAGGGCUUAAAAUGAAUGCCUGUUCAGGGCUCUGCCUACUUGCUUCGUCCUCCUUCUCAGGAUCGUGCUAUGGGCUCUAAAUAACUCAACUGGCUAGUUUGCCUGUCUGUAAAGAAAAGGGCGGGGUGUACCCCUCUGAUUGGAUAGAGAGAAGCUCCUCCUCCGAUCACUCGCUUCAUACUUCACUCGAUAACUUCUCAUCGCACUUUGUUCAACUCCUGACCCACAAAACUCCUGACCCACAAAACUACUGAAGCAUACACAUAAUUGAAGGGAAAAUCCAACCAAAACUACUAAUUCCUAUAAUUUACAGUGUUAAAUAACACUAAUAUGUGAACAAUUAUUUUGGUGAACAAAUGUUUCAUUUUGGCAUUAUAAGGUUGGCAGCAACGUGAAAAUUGAUGUGGAAAUCUGUAGCAGCUCAAGUCGACUACAAAAUCCACAAUGCAAUGCUGUCUAUGGGCUGGCUGGCUAGCUAGCAAACGUAGCUACACACAAUAAUACCAAAGACAAUAUCAGCAUGUGAAGUAGCUAGUUAGCUGUAAAAUCGCCAAAAAAAACUGCACUAUCAAUUUAGGAGUCUACAAUCUCACCAUGUUUAACCUGCAGAUCGAUGUGCCUCACAGAGUGGAGUCUGACAUUUGCAAUGGCAGAGAUACUUUUGAGGAAAUGGGAAACUCCAUUGGAAUUGUAUUAACGCCCAUUGUGUACUUUUCCCAUGCUACGUCAAUGUGCCGCGCAGUGCAUUCUGGGACAAGGAGUGAAUGGGAGUCAAUUGGGCGCUAGCUCAAAAACCCAACAUUAGCAUGAAUUUUGUCAACAAGAAGUACAACAUCAUACAUCUUUUCAGAGAUGUGAAAUAAUUAACUUGAUAUCUGUAAUAUUGUAUAGCGUUGGGAUCGUGACAUUUACGUACUUUCGAGGAAAAUAGGCAUGUUUCUCGACUCAUACCCUGACUUUGAGAAGGGAUUGCGUGACACAGCAUGACAACAUGAACGCGAUUGGUCGACAGUCUGCUGGGUGGGGUGUUAUCCGUUCCUCCAUUAAUGCCCAAUGGGAUUCCUGUCUCCUUUCUCUAAUAUCUCUGGCAACGGCACCAUGCAAUGCACCCUGGACUGAAGAGGCAGACAAAUAGGAGAAAGGUGCUAGACCCUCUUAAAUUACAUAUUUCUCAAGGUGGGAAUAUCGCAAAAAUAUGACCAAUGGCUCAUUUCGAGAGAAGACAUCUUCCCGAGUUAUGACGUCGUCCAGUAUUGAAAUCUGGUGAUAGUCGUUUUCGCAAUCUAUUUUUUCUCCUUCCUAUUAACUUCGUGUAGCGAGAGCGGCUUUAUCACUACGUCAUACUGGCCGAAUUUCUGUGUGCUUGAACACCAAUAACUCAAGAUACAGAUGAAAACAUGAAAUGACCCAGGGAAUCAAUAGAACAUCACUCAGAGAUGCACAAAAACAAUAUAACAUUCAAAAUGGGUGAAUCUUUACUUAAACUAUUUUAUGGCCUAUUUAUUGCCUUACCUCCAUAACUUACUACAUUUGCACACACUGUAUAUAGAUUUUCUGUUGUGUUAUUGACUUUGUUUUGUUUUACCCCAUAUGUAACUCUGUGUUGUUGUUUUUAUCGCACUGCUUUGCUUUAUCUUGGCCAGGUCGCAGUUGUAAAUGAGAACUUGUUCUCAACUGGCUUACCUGGUUAAAUAAAGGUGAAAUAAAAUUUUAAAAAACGUUUAAAAAAACUACUGAGCCACAACUACAAAACUACUGAACCGCAACUAUUGACCACAACACCAAUCCUGCCCACAACUACUGACCACAGCUGUUGACCACAACUACUGACCACAACCACUAAACUACUGACCACAACUACACAUCUACUGAACCGCAACUAUUGACCACAACACCAAUCCUGCCCACAACUACUGACCACAAUUACUGGCCACAACUACUGACCACAAUACCACUAAACUACUGACCACAACUACUGACCACAAUACCACUCCUGACCACAAUUACUGGUCACAACUACAGACCACACACUUAGUAUUUGACUUCUUCUGCACGCUCUAGAAAACAAUUUAAGAUAUUAACAUGAAACCAACUUCCAAAUGUCCAGACUGACCUAACUCAGAUUGCUUGGGAUUUUUAUUUAUUUUUUUACAGCAUUUUCACUUUUUGAAUUACCAAUGUAAUGAGCUCCCAUACAUUUAAAUGAAAAAUGGCCCAUAUACUUGAUGUAAAACACUGGCAAAUAAUGGCCAUGGAGACUGAAAUGAGAAAUCAACCACAUUGGAUGAUAGACUAACUUGGCCUUCUUUCACAUUUGUCUAAAGCUAUCAACUCAAACCAACAGUGGGAUGUUUAAGACUGACCCAACUUAGAAGCUAUCAACUCCAAACCAACAUUGGGAUGUUUAGACUGACCCAACUUAGAAGCUAUCAACUCCAAACCAACAUUGGGAUGUUUAGACUGACCCAACUUAGAAGCUAUCAACUCCAAACCAACAUUGGGAUGUUUAGACUGACCCAACUUAGAUUACUUGCAUUCAGAUGUUUGAUACCAUUUAUAGUGCAUAAAUGAACAUUUUGAAUGAGAGCCAUAGACAUACAGAGAUAGCUAUUUAAAACGGUCCUUGGCCAGCUAAGCUAGCUAGAAGAACAACUUUAAAACCUUUAGGCUAUCCUUACUUCAAAUUCUUUAAAACUUUUAUCAACUAUAACUAUGGGAUUUACAUCAAAUAACCCACCAACAGUAACUCCUGAACCAUUCAAGCUAGAGACCCCAAACCAACUUUCUCAUGUUCAGGCUAUCCUAAAUUCAAAUUAUUUUAAAAUAUUGAUCUAUAACGAUAUAUACAUUUGCAUAAAAUAACUUGCCAACAGUAACUCUUGGACUGUUUUAAGCUAGAUACACCAAACUAAAUUUCACAUGUUCAGGCUAUUUUAUCAUAUCCAGUCAUUCAAUCAAUCAAUCUUUUCAUCUAUAACCAGUGCUAUAAUGUGUUACUUUAAACCAGCAAACACACCACAUUUUCUUCAGGAAGUGUACUUUUCUAGUUUAUAGAAUUUUUCUGAAAUUAAUUAAUUUUACUUUGAAAUUGUGGAGUAGAUUGUGGGGGGUGGGGGGGGAUCUUUAUUUAAUCUCUUUUUAGAUUAGAAAUGUAACGCAACAAAAUGUAAACUUUGCAAAGGUGUGUAGACUUUCACUAGGCACUGUAGCUAUAUAACUGAGGUUGUCCUCUCUCCUGUCUGUCCUCUCUCCUGUCUGUCCUCUCUCCUGUCUGUCCUCUCUCCUGUCUGUCCUCUCUCCUGUCUGUCCUCUCUCCUGUCUGUCCUCUCUCCUGUCUGUCCUCUCUCCUGUCUGUCCUCUCGCCUGUCUGUCCUCUCUCCUGUCUGUCCUCUCUCCUGUCUGUCCUUCGUCGUCCCUGUCCUCUCUCUGUCACUGUCCCUCUCCCGCCCUGUCUGUCCUCUCUCCUGUCUGUCCUCCUCUCCUGUCUUUCCUCUCUCCUGUCCGUCCUCUCCCUGUCUGUCCCUCUCUCCGGUCUGUCCCCUCUUCUCCUGUCUGUCCUCUCUCCUGUCUGUCCUCUCUCCUGUCUGUUAGCUCCAUGGACAGGAUCCUCAGAGCUGGGACUCAGCAGUACAGAGAAGCCACCGCCCCUCCCGCCGCCCCGGCAGUUAUCACCUCCGCUAACACGAGCGCCAGCGCUAGCCAGAGAUAG